AUGGACGCUGCCAUCGCGCAGCUACGCGGGUGCCUCGAAGAGCUUCUCACCUAUUAUCCACACGUACUGCGCAAUGUGUUCGAGGUAGAGCCCUCACCGCUGGCCGCACCCAAACUGUCCCAACAGCGACCGCGCGACUCCUCGGCGCUGGCAGAUGUCAUUGAGGAUUUCCUGACGGAGCUCACCAGAGUCCUCUCCAUUGGCCUCUGCGAUGACGACCUCGGAUUGUGGUCGGUGCUAGAGCUGCUGGAGUGCGUGCCAGCUCGCAUGCAGGCGGUCGCCGAGGCAACAGCAACAGCACCUGAGACGGCCGCCCUGAGCAAGCACGGAGCGCAAGAGCCGCUACAACAACUGCAGCGGUUCCGCUUUGCGUCCCAGCUCGUCUACCUCGUGCGGAGCGCGUUUCCUGCUACCGCGCCCGCAGUGCGAGCGCGAAUUUUUCUUCGCUUGACACUCAACCAAGGGUGUCUUGUGGCGGCGCUUGAGCUGCUCAGGGAGUGGUGCCGGUCAGAGCUACUUGUGUUCUACGCCGCUAGUGACAGAGGCCGCCGCAACGGUGCGGCGGGCUCAGCGUCGUCUGUGGCAUUAUUAGUGCAGUCUGACACGGACAGCGACAUGUGGAACUCCUUCGUUGCCGCUAUCGCACCAGUUGCGGGUCCACCAGUGGCUGAGAUCGCAGCCGGUGCGCCGAAGGUGGCUGCCCAGCCCUUUCACCUGCAGCUUCUCGUCCCCGGGCUCGACGAUAACAGUGCGGCCUCACACGCCUACUACACACAGGUGGAGAACUACGCGUGCGGUCGCCAGCCCACGCGACCGUCCGCACUGGCGUGCUAUCGCGCUGCUCUCCGGCAGCAUUCCGGCUCAGCGAGGAAGCACGACCGAUCUUUUCGUGCUGCCUCCGCAGGCGAAGGCGCCGCGUCCUCUCCGAAGCUCAGCCCUCACCCCGCUGAGCAGCUCGUUCUGCGAGUGGAGUCGCUGUCGGUGGACCAUCGCACCGCAUCAGGAAAGGAAGUAGCGCCUGUGUCGAGAGGCAAUGUGUCCUACGACUCCUCUUCUACCUUGUCAUCACGCCCCAUGACCCUGGAGCCGCUCUCCUUCGUGCACCGGGAGCGACUCCGAGGCGCGAAGAAGCGACGGCGACGGCAUCCCUCGCUCUCCACAGCGGGGGCAGUAGCGCGUGAGGAGGACGCAGCGGGGUCGCCGACGCCGGAGGGCAAAACAGACAACACCACCAGCGACAACACCGGUAGCGUCGCGGAGGCGGCGCUGCAUACAUCCACGGUGGUGACAGAGGCGAAGGAGUGCCAAGGUGCUCCGGAGGCGGGAGAGAAAGCAGCACCCCCAUACAGGGAUGAUUACGCUUCUCGGGAUGAUGACCCGCAGGUGGCACCGACGGUGGGUGAGACUGGGGCUGCUCAAGCAGCGAGUAGGGCCCUCGAUACCGUCUCGACAGACUCACCUGCCUCCGCCCCUCACUGCUUAUCGCCAGCGCUGCGCGCGGCUGAAUCGCCUAACCGGACUCUCGAUUCCUCGUCUGCCCCCGCGCUUUCUCCGGAGCUACGCAACCUCCAACACCGCUUGUGGCUAUGCUGGUUGGCUGUCGUGACGCACGCUGAGUCUGAGGAGCGUAUACGUAUCACUGUGCGUGAUGUGGAUGCCAACAUCUCGUAG